AUGAUGAAGGUCUCCCAUGGGUGCCAACUGGGCAUCGCCACGCUGGUGCUGCUGCUGGAACUGAUCACGGGUCAGCUGUGCAGGUCUUUCAUCUUAUUGGUGGACGGCUUCCACACGCUCUUUGUCCUCAGUCACAUGGCUCCCCCUCGCCCUCAAAGCGCAGAGAGUCCCUCGGGUUCGAGCGACCCCGCCAGGCCCCUGGCGUGCGGGGCGUCCCACCCUGACGACAGGAGUCGGCCGGUGGGGGUUUUCAUCUCGGCCCUGCUGCUCUUCUCUCUGUGUGUCUCGUGCCUGUUGGAAAUGAUCAGCUCGUCUGUGGAGAUGCAUGCGGUGGCGCGGCCCUGGCUCCUGGUGGCGGUGGGCGUGGUCAGCGUGCUCUACAAGAUCGUGGUGCUCGGGAUGACCCGGAGGCGGUGGGAGGCCGGGGCGGGGGUCCAGGCUGGAGGGGAGCCAGAGUGUUUCAUUGAAAUCAACCACAAAGCCGUGUCUCAGGGGGGGUCCGGAGGCUUGGGCGAGGCCGAGCGAGGCCCGCGUGAAGCCAGCACAGCUCAGCGCGGGACGACGGCGCACUCCCUCCACAACGGGGGUCUCGUCUUCUGCAACCCGGCGACCUCGCCAGGAGGAGGCGUGGAUGCGCAGGAGUCGUUGGAGGAGCUCCAGUCGCGCAACCAAGAUGCUCACGUCAACAGGAAGUCUCUGACAAUGUGUCCCCCUUCUGUGACAAUGGUGGUGCAGGGGCUGUCCACAUCAGUUCUGCUCCUGGUCACCGGUCUGGUGCUGCUGCUGGUGGACCCUUAUUACCGACAUUCCCCGGGACCCUGCAGCCUCCUGGUGUACCUGGAUCCGAGCUUGGCCAUCUUGGCUGUCAUCAUCCUGGUGGCCCGAGCUGUUCCGCAGAUGCACAGGUACGGGCUGCUGCUGAUGCAGGCCACGCCGCCUCACGUGAGCCUGGCGGACGUCAGGGAAAGGAUCGGGAGCGUGCCCGGAGUGGAGGAGGUGCACGAGCUCCACAUCUGGGAGUUGUCCGAUUCCCUCGUGGUGGCCUCGGUCCACGUGCUCUGUCACGCUGCCUUUCCCAUACACAGGUGUACUGAUCUGAUGUCGGGGAUCACCAAAGUGCUGCAGAGUGUCGGGGCGAGCUGCUGCACAGUGCAGCCUGAGUUUGCCCCCUCUUCUGCCCUCCCCAAGAGUCCAGCGUGCACAUCUGCAGUGCCCACCUGCAGAUUGGCCUGUACGAAGCUCUGUGAUGCCCACGUGUGCUGUCCUCACCCACAAGUCCUUGUCAUGCAAAAAUUGUGA